AUGCCACUAGCUCAUAAUCUAAAUAAGGUGAGUAAGAACUUAUCCAAAUCUACCGGUUCAAUGCACAUCAAAGGACGAAAAUUUAAACAGUUGAACCGAGCCACUGUUCGAGAUAAGAAGCUUAAAUUACAGAAGAUCGAAAGCGUAGAAAGAAAACUGAACGAGCUACUCAUUGUAUCCUUCUUACAAGAACAAAUUGUCAACGAUGUCAAUAAACCAACUUAUACCUUAUCGGAAAUACAAUCUUUAAUCGAACAAUUUAUCAAUCAAGAUCGUCAACAAUUGGAACAAAUCAAACGAGAACAUCGAAAGGGGAGACCAAUAUCGAAUAAACAGAAAUUGCUUGCUGAGAAAGUGAAACACGAAGAACAUUUAUUUGCUACUGGGUACAAAGUGCCUGAUCUAAGUCAUGAGGAAACGGUAACGAGGUUGAGAAAUUGGAAUGGUACAACUGGUGCUACCACAGGACUCAAGUUUAUCAAUAUUUCUAAAGAUAUGAAGGAAUUUCCGACGGUGGAAGUAGAGAUGAAAGAGUAA